AAGCUCUUCUCUGAACUAGGUUUUUCUAUUACACAUACUGCAGUGAACAUCCUUAAGUAUGUACAUGUGUGAGUAUGUCUGUAGUUCUAUAAAAAUAGUUUUUUGGGUUUUUUUUUUGCUAAAUGUCAUACAUUUGUUUUACAUGUUUAGAUCUUUAAUCUAUAUGGAAUUUAUGUUGGUGUAAGAUGUGAAUGGCAAGUUUCUUACCUUUUUGAAGCUUCAGCUUUCUCUCUCAAAUAAGGAUAAUAGUAGCUACCUCACAAGAUUAUUACAGGGAUUGCAUAGAAUCCUAACUGACCAGAACCACGUGUGGCACAUAGUAGGCACAUUUAUUCCCUUGGUUUCUUUUAAUUUGACCAGCAGAUCCAAGUAAUAUCUAGGUUAUGUUUAUAGAAUAUGGUCAGUUUUAAAAUAUUCAAUAACAAUAUAAUCCUGAUUUCCUUUGUUUUUAUACAUCUUAUGUUUCACAGAAAGGCUAUCCACAAAAUUCUACCAUCAAAAUGACUGAAGUCAGUAGUGUUCUACCAUAUUUUAAAUUAGUGACAAAUGGAAUUUUAAGUGUUGACUUUGCUUUCCCUUCAGUGUCAAGAAUAAAGGAAAAUAAAGCAAAUAUCACGAAAAGAUAACCUUUAUCAGAAAGGAUGGAGCUGGGAAAAGGAAAACUUCUCAGAACUGGACUGAAUGCGUUAUAUCAAGCAGUACACCCAGUUCAUGGUCUUGCCUGGACUGAUGGGACUCAAGUAGUCCUGACUGAUUUACAGCUUCACAGUGGGGAGGCCAAGUUUGGGGACUCAAAGGUCAUUGGGCAAUUUGAACACAUCUAUGGGCUAUCCUGGGCCCCACCUGGUACAGCUGACACGCCCACUCUGCUCGCUGUCCAGCACAAGAGGCAUGUUGCUGUGUGGCAGCUGUGUCCCAGCACUACGGAGACGAGCAAAUGGCUGAUGUCUCAGACCUGUGAGAUUAGAGAGUCACUCCCUGUCCUUCCCCAGGGCUGUGUGUGGCACCCAAAAAGUGCUGUCCUGACUGUGUUGACUGCACGGGAUGUCUCUGUUUUACCUAAUGUUCACUGUGACGAUUCUCGGGUAAAAGUGGACAUCAACACUCAGGGCCACAUUCACUGUGCGUGUUGGACCCAGGAUGGCCAGAGGCUGGUGGUGGCAGUAGGCAGCAGCCUGCAUUCUUAUAUUUGGGACAGUGUGCACAAGACUCUUCACAGGUGCUCCUUCUGCCCAGUGUUUGAUGCAAACAGCUACAUCCGCGCCAUCAGAGCCACUGUGGACUCACAGGUUGCUAUAGCCACUGAACUUCCCCUAGAUAAGAUAUGUGGCUUAAAUGCAUCUGAAACCUUUGAUGUUCCGACUAGUGGUAAAGACAGUUAUCUGUAUCCUUUACCAGUUAUUGAUGAAGUGCUGUCUAUGGAUAAAGGGGCAAAUGUUCUUGAAACAAAUUCUGAAAUACCAGUUUCUCCUUCCUUUUCUUCUUCCUCCUCAGAUCUUCUGGAUCUAACUCACAUACAUUUCAAUAAAUCUGGAUCUGAGUGCAGUUCUCUUAUUUGUCUAAGAAAAAAGGACUACUUGACAGGAACUGGUCAGGAUUCUUCACAUUUGGUCCUCGUGACCUUCGAGAAAGAGGUUAACAGGACCAGAAAAGUGACCAUUCCAGGCAUUCUAGUUCCUGAUCUAAUGGCGUUUAGUCCUAAAGCACAGGUAGUGGCAGUGGCUUCCAGUACGUGUAACAUCAUCCUGAUCUAUUCUGUCAUCCCAUCUUCUAUGCCAAACAUUCAGCAAAUUCAGUUAGACAGUAGUGAGAGACCCAAAGGCAUAUAUUUCUUGACAGAUAAAUUAUUAUUAAUUUUGGUAGGAAUACAAAAAUCCACUGAUUUGGCAUUUCUUCCUUCUUCAGAGUCUGACCAGUAUAUCAUUCGCUUGGUUGUUAGAGAAGUAAAGUUGGAAGGAUCUUCAAUGACCUCAUGUGAAGGCCAGAGUGGCUACUCUACUUUCAGUUCUCUGUUAAAUAAAGCAAACAGAAGAAAGCUAAUUGAAAGUCUUUCCCCAGAUUUUUGUCACCAAAACACGGGGCUCUUGUUAACAGCUAGUACCAGCAGUCACAGUGGAAGUCCUGGAAUAACCCUUAUUAACGAAAUCCAAAGUCCUCUGUCCAGUAUCUGUGAGGGCUCCACAGCCCUAGAAACUCUCCAUGCAGAGCCUGUUAACUGGUCAGUCUCAAAGCCCAGGCCCGGCAGCACGCCAGAGUCCUCACCAGCGCAGUUUAACCAUUCUCCAGAGCCUCCUAAUUUGCCUCAAAGAAAGAAUUUACAAGGGGAAAAGGAAGCUUAUCUGAUAUGUAAGAAACUGGAAGUUCUAUCCAGGAAUCUGACUGAAAUGCAGCAAUGUCUUUCUGAACUCAUGAACUGUCUACAUAAUGGGAAGAAAUCCUCUCCAGGAUACCCACUCUCUGAGGAUCCCCCUUAUGUUCACAUCAUUUACCAGAAACCUUAUUAUGUAGGUCCUCUUGUUGAAAGAAGAGCCAUGCUUCUCUGCCGUGGCAAACUGAGGCUCAGCACGGUUCAGCAGACGUUUGGCCUCUCUCUUAUUGAAAUGCUUCAUGACUCCCUCUGGAUCCUUCUCUCUGCUGACAGCGAAGGCUUCAUCCCAUUAACUUUCACAGCCACACAGGAAAUAAUCAUAAGAGAUGGCAAACUUUCCAGGUCAGAUGUCUUCAAAGACUCUUUUUCUCAGAGUCUGGAUCCUGGCCCUUCUCUUGAAAUCUUUAGAGACCAUACUGCCCAAAGUUUAGAUACCACUGGUUGUUCUAACCAUUUAGGCAGCACAGCAUGAUAUUUGUCUGUAGAGUAUUUGCUGUAUAGCUUUUCAGAUGACACCGUUAAAAACAAGGUCCUUUUUCCACCGUGAAUUCUGUCGCAGCUGGGAUUCUCACUGUUGUUCAGAGUGAAGCACUUGCCAGGGUUGGCUCUUCCGGUUUUCCCCUGGGCUGUGUGGCAGCAGAGCUCAGUCUCUGUUAGAUGACUCAGAAAGUGGUUGUUUAUGUAUUUAUGACUAUUGUGGUUUUGUCUAAGGGCACAGUUCCCAGAACAAAACAACGCCAUGUGCCAUAUGGAUUGUGUGUUAUGGUUUCUCUGAGGCUGUGUUUAGGCCAUCUUAGGAGCACUUAAAAGAUGUCUCGGUACUUUUAGAGGUCUUCUCCUUGGCUUAUAGAUGAGGGUAAGGAGUGCAGGAGAGCGUAUGCUCCAGCACACCCUUUUCCCCCAAACCAGCAUGAAUCAGCAGAGCUCAUAGGAAGAUAAAAACCACUUGGCUUCUGCUCCCAGGGCUGCCUGAGUCAGGCGGUAGUUCUGGUGUUGCCUGGACCUCCCAGGAUUGAAACCUAGCCCUCUUACUUCCCUAAAAAUCCCUGGCUGACAAAGGACCAGGUACAUCUAAAACUUAGCUUUGGGCUUCUUCCAUUCACUUUGUAAGUCCAUUAAGUAAUUUGUCAAGUGUUUCAACUCCUCUGGUCUCCACAUGGGCAUGUACUGGUGCUGCCAGUGCAAUACCAAGCUCAGGCGAAGCCCAAGACGUGAUUCUGUGUUGUCACUCACGAGUUUCUCCCUGAAAUGCUUUUCAGUUUGAGGAUCAUAAAAUUUUCAUAUUUCCUCCCAGUAGUCACUCUGUUAGUUAACUUAUUUGUUACUUUAAUUUUGAUAUUUUUACUUUUCCCUCCAUUUAAGUCUUAGAGUGUCUGUGAGAGAAAGUAUAACACAAAGUUGGAAAUUUCACUGAAUCUGAGGUAGUUCUAAUGCAUACCAGUUUACUUAAGCGCUAAAGUGCUAGCCUAGUAUAGUGGAGAGAUCCCUGAUUGCCUUCAGAUAGACACCACUGCUCACUGCUCUCAAACAGAAUGAUAAAUUUCAAUUACGGCAGCACAAAUUAUUGAUUGGUGUGUGGCCAAUCAGAGCACAUCUGCAGAUAAAUUGUUUCAGCCAUAGAAGCUCCAUUAGCACAUAUACAUCUUUUUUCCCCCUUUCCUUUAAAAUUAUCCGGAAAGAAAAUAUUUUGUACCCUUGGGGACUCCUGUCUGUUCCCGUUUAUGAAGAUGGAGCAGGGAUAGGAAAAAAGCGAGAGCCCAUUUUGUGGUUCAAAUGCAUUAGACAGCUGCUGGGAUAAUGGAAGUGGAGGCCACUUGUCUGUGAUCAGCUGCCUCAGAGCAGUGGCUGAGGACAGUCUGAGGCCUGGCUCCAUUUGGGAAGGAAGUGACUGGGUGAGAUGAAGUCACAACUAUUGUGAAGCCUUAAGAGGGGGGUGGGGGACCCUUGAGUAAGGUCAGUGUGUGUCCUCAAGAUGUGUGUUAUAACUACCAUUUCUCUGGUCUAAUUCUUAUGGACGAGUCUUCAAUAAAAUCAUUAAUGUUUGUUGU